AUGAGCAAAUCUCCAUUACGGACUCAAUCUCAUUCGACAGCCACUUUCCUACAGGAUGAAUAGAAAUAUUCCACUUCCAAACACAAUAGCAUUCAUCCAACUCUUCAACCACAAAUCUAUAACCAAUUUGAAGAAUUGAGAAUAUUCAAAUCCAAAUGUCAAGAAUAAGACAAAAUCAUUGAAAAUCAAUAUUUACAAAUCAAUGAAAUGAAACAAUUCAUUUCCGAUUGUCAAAUCAGUUUGAUUCAUUUUAAAUAAUAAUUGGAAGAUUAAUUGUCUAUCAAAGAAAACUACGAUAAAGAACUUAGACAACUCAAUCAAUUGGUAUCCUCCUUAAAAGCAGAGAACCAACAAUUAAUGUUGUUGUACAAUGACAAGAAAAAAGAAUUAGAUGAACUUACUUCCAAUAAUUAACUUAUUAUUAAUGACUUUAACAAGCAAUUCGAAAACACUCUCAAAGCUCGCAUUGAAAAUGAUAUCAAAGAGAUCCACAACAAAUACCUAAGGGAAAUCCAACUGCUCAAGGCAAAACUCUACGAAUAAGAAAAACUAGUUCAAAACUAAGAAGUCAUUCGAUUAUUGCAAAAGAAAUGCGAAGAACUAUUGCAAGGAAUCGACUAAAAAAAUAAUUAUAUCGAUGAUCUUCUUCUUAAAUAUGGAGAAUUGGAUGAAAGAUAUGAAACACUCAAAAAGCAAAUGUCCCUCAAACUUUAUGAGGAAGACUUCUUAGAUGAUCUAUCGAAAUCUAAAUUAAAAAAAAGUUGA